CAGAUUAGAGACUGCCUGGGGCUAGGGCAGGAGGACAGGGAGGGGGCACUGGGAAAGGAAGGCAACUGUUAAUGGGUAUGGGUUUGAAAUCCUACAAUUAGCUCCUCUCUGAGGGGGCGUGGCUAGGCCCUGGUGGGCGUGGCUGGACUCAGCUUAAAGUCUGGCUGAGGCUAGGAGGCCCAUGCUGUGGUGGCUGUUACACGUGGAGGCAUGGAAGAGUGCGCUUGCAUCUGUGCCGUGGGCUCUUCUCGGGAAUGUCGAUGUCGUCAGCAGCGCCAAGGCCCAACUGAGACGGCAGCGGCCAAUGGCCAGCUGGCCAUGGCCCCUGCAGAAAAGCACGUCGUGGCGGACGCGGCAGCACGGUGCUGUGCGGGGAGUGGAGGAAUCUCGAGCCUCAUGCCGCCCCCGCACUGCUCCCUGCAGGACCUGCCGGUGGAGAUGCUGGUGGAGAUCUUCGCCUCGCUCCCCGGCAACAAUCUGCCCAGCCUGGCCCGGGCCUGCACCAAAUUCCACCACAUCCUGCACAUCGACAGCAUCUGGAGACGGCGCUGCCGCGAGGAGUUUGGUGUCUGUGAAAACUUGCAGAACCUGGAGAUGAUCGGUAUGUCUUAUCGAGAAGUCUAUGCAAAGCUGCUCCACCCAUACAGACACAUUUUGGGAUUGUGGCAGCUACAUGAUGACUAUAGAACACUGCUGAAUGUCGUGGUGGACGGCUUAUGCAUUACUGGUUGGACGUGCGGACCUUACCUUAACUUCCAUGGGGAUGGUACACUGCAAUUCAAGCCCUCGUUCAGAAUUCGCCUGACGGAGAGGAAAUCAGCCACGGUGGAGUGCCUGGAAGGCCGCUUCAGCAGGCCCCACAACUGCCACGUGCAGAUUCGGAAGGACAGGCUCACCCUCCAGUGCAGGAAGACAGACCACCGAAAGGAUUCCCCAACGCGGCUUAGGGGAGAAGGGGGGCUGGUGCUGGUGCAGGAGGACAGACAGCAGUAUGACUGCCAGAUCUACCGCCGCCUCUACCUCCCGCCGAGCCACCCGGACGACCUCAUCAGGCCAGGCCUCUUCCAAGGCAACUACGGCCUAAUGAUGGCCAUGCUCAGCUUCCAUGGGAAGUAUGCCAGGGUCACGAGAGUCACGGGAAUAGCCAAGACGUUAGAGAUCCACCUCAGGCGCCGCAUCCAGCUGCGAGAUGGCGAGAUCUUCCGCAACUUCAACGAGCUCUCCCGCGUGGUCCAGGAGAUUGACGAGCAGGUGAUCUGGGAGCAGCAGCAGCAGCAAGAAGACGGGACUGAGGAAAGCGAGGGCCAUGGCUGGCAGAGCCCUGCCCAGCCCAGCGUCGGGGAGUCCGGGGCUGCAGCUGCAGAGGAGCAGCCUGUUCCGUUUGUUCUGCCUGUGGGCGUGCGCUCAAGAGACCGGAACUACCCCCAAACCUGCAGGAUGUGUUUCUAUGGCGUGGACACUGUUACUAUUACCUUUGAUGGCUUCGCCCACCGCUGGCGCUACCCUGGAGUCUUCAUCCUGUUCGAUGAGAACCACUUCGGGUUCCUCUGGCUGGAGGCGAAACACUUCUUCCUGUUCAGCAGAGUCCAGAACACCUUCCAGACUGCGGAGGCGCCAUCCCCGCAGGCCUUCCUGGAGAUGCUCUCAAACAUUCAGUCCGGACCCCUAGGAGGAGCAGCUUGCAUGCACUUUGAAGAUAUGACUUCUGACCAGGACAUUCAUGGGCACAAUGGGAGUUCCCUGAAAGGGGUGACUCUGGGCUGGGCGCCGGGUGGCCUGGGGUGCUGGCACGUCUGCUCCUGGGGAGGUGGGCAACUUUGGCCAGUCCCCUCUGCCUCUCAGGGUUCAGCGGACCAGAUGCUGUCUGAGGGUCCCUCCUGGCCUGACCGCUUGUGGCUGACAAGUGUCACCUGACUUAUGCUCUCCGGGGAGGAAGCCACACGGCC